AUGUUGGGGCCUCUUACUACGAAAGAAAGAAGUAAGAGUGAAACUUUUCUGAUAAAAAACGUUCAAAGUAUAGAGUUUGAAGAAGAUCUCAAGUGCUUAAGGGCUCAACAAAACGUGCCACACAAAAGUAAGAUAAAAAAUUUAAAUCCGUUUUCAGAUGAAGAAGGAGUGUUAAGAGUAAAUGGCAGAAUAAAUCAUGCUAAUGUAGAAUUUAAUAGUAAAUUUCAAAUUAUCCUGCCUAAAGGUCAUAAAUUAACUAGGCUAAUUUUAGAGUUCUAUCACAAGCGAUAUUUUCAUUUAGGACCUACUGCUUUACUACAUUAUGUUAGACAAAAAUUUUGGCCAGUUCAGGGUAAAGCAACGUGCAGGAAAAUUGUGCACGAUUGCAUUGAUUGCUUUAAAGUAAAACCUUUAGGAGUCGAACAGUUAAUGGGAAAUCUCCCGAAAGAAAGAGUAACUCCCGAUUUUCCUUUCAAUUGCUCGGACACAGAUUUCUGUGGCCCAUUUUUUAUAAAGUAUAAACAUCAACGGAAAGGAAUUCACCAUAAAAUUUAUGUUUGCAUUUUUGUGUGUUUAGUCACAAAGGCAAUACACCUAGGAUUAGUAACGGAUCUAACCUCAAAUGCCUUUAUUGCGAGUUUAAAGAGAUUUGUGGCUCGUAGGGGUUUAUGUUCUAAGUUGUUUUCGGACAAUGCCACAAAUUUUACAGCAGCCAACAAAGAAUUAACAAAAUUAGAUAAUUUGGUAUUAAAACCAGACGAUUGCUUGGCUAACUAUUUAACAACUGAGGGAAUCGAAUGGCACUUUCUCCCACCGAGAGCACCCAGCUUCGGUGGUCUCUGGGAAAGUGGCGUUAAAGCCUUUAAAUUUCAUUUUAGAAGAGUUGUGGGCAAUUCCAGAUUGAGUUACGAAGAAUUCCUCACUGUCACUACCCAAAUAUAA